AAAGCAAUCGUCAAUCAGCCUGUACCUGGCACUGUUACAGCAUUUAUUGUGAGUGCGGCAUCGAACGUUGCCACCACCGCACUGCAGCUUACUGGGACGGUGAGACCGCGAGAGCAGCAUGCUGUCUUCUCUCCACCUCAACCCCACUUUGAACUACGCGACGCUCAACUACUCCUCCACUCUGCUUCUUCUACGUGGUAGUAGAAGAAGAACAAGAAGAGGUGGAGCGAACGACUCUUUGGUCUCUACUGCUCACCCUGCUCGGCAGUAUCCUUCGCUAAGCGCCUCUCUUGCCCCCGCUAGAGAGGAGGAGAGGAAGGAGGAGGCUUUGCUGCCGCCUCACUUGCGGCCGGAAUCGCUGCCCAGGCACGUGGCGGUGAUAAUGGACGGGAACUCGAGGUGGGCGAAGGCGAGGGGGCUGCCGUCGUCGGCUGGGCACGAGGCCGGGUACCACACCCUUAAGAAGAUGGUCGAACUCUCGUGCCAGUGGGGGAUUCGGGCGCUCACCGUCUUCGCCUUCUCAUCCGAGAACUGGACCCGCCCCAAGAUGGAGGUUGAUUUCCUAAUGACGCUGUUCGAGAACGUUCUGAAAGAGAGUCUCGGAGAGUUCUUGAGGGAAGGGAUUCGGAUUUGCAUAAUUGGCGAUUCCUCAGAACUGCCGCAAUCACUACAGAAGCUGGCUAAAGAAGUAGUAGAUAAGACAAAGAAUAAUACACAGAUUGAUUUGAUUGUGGCAAUCAGCUAUAGUGGGCGGAAGGAGAUAACACAAGCAUGUCAAAAUAUUGCACAAAAGGUAAAGGAUGGUUUGCUCGAGCCGGAAGAUAUCACGGAGUCACAUAUUGAGGAAGAGCUUGAAACAAACUGCAUCCCUGAGUUCCCAAAUCCAGACCUACUUAUCCGUACAAGUGGCGAGCUGAGGUUGAGUAACUUCUUGUUGUGGCAGUCAGCAUACACUGAGCUUUUCUUUACAAAUACAUACUGGCCUGACUUUGGGGAGGCUGACUAUAUCGAAGCUUUGACCUCUUUCCAGAAUAGGCAGAGGCGUUUUGGCCAACGUAUCAACUGAAAAUGCUAUAGUUUGGGGCAUUAUGGUUGGUUCUGUCUACAAUACAAGAUCAGAUGACAGUGAAAUUGGAUAAAUCUUGCCCAGAAUCAUGCUACAAGGGUACAAUGACUGUGCUCCAUAAUUUAUGGUCUGCAAGAAAGGUCCAUGUAUCUGUGUAACCUGGUUAUCACUUUGGUGAGCCUCAUGAUACAGGGUACUGCCCUGUAUAAUAUUUUCUUAUGGGAUCAUGUACUGCAACUGGAAGUUGUACAAUUCAUCUUGAGAAUGAGAAUGUUCUGUCAACAGUUGAUAA